AUGCUUGGAGCUGCCCUCGGAAUGAAUCAAUUACAUGCUGCCAAUAUUGUUCACGGAGAUUUAAAACCUCAACAUGUUUUAAUAUCAAGAGAUUACACGGCCAAGGUAACAGAUUUUGGACUUGCAACACUUCGAGUUAAAACUUCAAGUUCUGUUGCCUCUUCAGUUAUUACUGAUGAUGGAUCAGCAGUGUGUGAGACAGCAGGUUAUAUGGCUCCUGAAUUAUUAAAUAGCUCGAAUCCACCAGAAUAUUUCAGUGACGUGUAUUCAUUUGGUGUCAUGCUCAAUGAAGUUAUUCAAGAAGAAGAAUCAUAUACAGAUUAA